CUUUGCACAAGGGCACCGGUUAGGAACUCUAGGAAGGACAGUGCGUUCCAGGUUCACGAUGGAUGGGCUCCAGCUCUUCUUUCUCCAUCCUGUAUCACUGUAUCAAGGGGCUGCUUUCCCCUUUGCGCUUCUGUUUAAUUAUCUCUGCAUCAUGGAAUCCUUUUCCAACCGGGCCAGGUACCUCUUUCUCCUGGCUGGAGGAGGUGUCUUGGCUUUGGCUGCCAUGGGUCCCUAUGCUCUGCUCAUCUUCUUCCCUGCCCUCUGCGCCGUGGCUCUGGUCUUCUCCCUCAGUCCACAGGAAGUCCAUAGGCUGACCUUCUUCUUUCAGAUGGGGUGGCAGACCCUGUGCCACCUGGGUCUUCACUACACCGAAUACUACCUGCGUGAGCCUCCACCUGUGAGGUUCUACGUCACUCUUUCUUCCCUCAUGCUCCUGACGCAGAGAAUCACGUCCCUCUCCCUGGACAUUUGUGAAGGGAAGGUGGAGGCAGCGUGGAGGGGCACCAGGAGCAGGAGUUCUUGGUCUGAGCGCCUGUGGGAUGCUCUACCCUAUUUCAGCUACUUGCUCUUUUUCCCUGCCCUCCUGGGAGGCUCCCUGUGUUCCUUUCAGAGAUUUCAGGCUUGCGUUCAAAGAUCAAGCUCUUUGUAUCCGAGUGUCUCUUUUUGGGCUCUGACCUGGAGGGGUCUGCAGAUUCUUGGGCUGGAGUGCCUCAGGGCUGUGCUGAGGAGGGUGGCUAGUGCAGGAGCUGGACUGGAUGAUUGCCAGCAGCUGGAGUGUAUCCACGUCAUGUGGUCCACAGCCGGGCUGUUUAAACUCACCUACUACUCCCACUGGAUCCUGGACGACUCUCUCCUCCACGCAGCGGGCUUUGGAUCUGAGGCUGGCCAGAGGCCUGGAGAGGAGGAAUACGUCCCCGAUGUGGACAUUUGGACACUGGAAACUACCCACAGGAUCUCCCUGUUUGCGAGGCAGUGGAACCGAAGCACAGCUCGGUGGCUCAGGCGGCUUGUCUUCCAGAAGAGCCAGCGCUGGCCCCUGCUGCAGACCUUUGCCUUCUCUGCCUGGUGGCACGGGCUUCACCCAGGACAGGUUUUUGGCUUCCUGUGCUGGUCUGUAAUGGUGAAAGCCGAUUAUCUGAUUCACAAUUUUGCCAACGUAUGUAUCAGAUCCUGGCCCCUGCGGCUGCUUUAUAGAGCCCUCACUUGGGCCCAUACCCAACUCAUCAUUGCCUACGUAAUGCUGGCGGUGGAGGGUCGGAGCUUUUCCUCUCUCUGCCGACUGUGCUGUUCUUACAACAGUAUCUUCCCUGUAGUGUACUGUCUUUUGCUUUUUCUGUUAGUGAAGAGAAAAGACAAACGUAACUGAAAUCUUCCCCUGCCCGUCAUCUCAUCCAGCCAUUAAACACUGCUUAGAAAAUGCCAAAGGAUGCCUUGAUGAAUAAUGUAUUUAAAUGUGUUCAUAGUGAAAGUUUUUAAGUAUUAGAUGGAUUAAACCUGCCGGCUGGCCACAAAGAUGUGCUUCUCUUCUGUUGUGGUUUGAAUAUUAAUGGCUCCCAUACGUUUAUAUAUUUAAAUUCUUAGAGGGUGGCACUGUUUGAAAGGACUAGGAGGUGUGGCUUUGUCAGAGGAAGUGUGUCACUAGGGGGUGCUCUUUGAAGUUUCAAAAGCGAGGUUUAGUGUCUUUCCCUGUGGCCUGCAGAUCUGGAUGUAAAACUCUAAGCUCCUCCUCCAGCAUCAUGUCAGCCUGCAUGCUGCCGUGCUUCCUGCCGUGUUGAGAAUGGACUAAACUUCUGGAAUCUUAAGUCAGCCCCAAUUAAAUGAUUUCCUUUAUAAGAGUU